AUGACGCCCCCAAGGGGGAGACGACACCAGAGCGCCGCCAUCAUCCGAUCUUCUGAUCUAAGGUUUCCCCCGGAGGUAGUAGAGAGUGACCAUGAACUUCUCGACGGCGAUGCCUUCAAGAAGGGAAUGACGCAGGAAGAGCAAUCAAGGGAGGCAUCGAACAACAGAGGCGCGGAUGCCAAGAAGAGAAUCAUGACGAGGCGAGGCUACAUGCAAAAGCUUUUAGGUUUUUCGUUUUUGCUGCCGUCGCCGCGCACCUCCUUUGCGCCGCCGCCGCCGCGCACCUCCUCUGCGCUGCCGACCGCCGCUGCGCAGCCGUCGCCGUCGGACCAGAGAUGGCGUCCAUCGGCCCAUCCGCCGCCGGCGCCCUACGGUGUGGCCCCGCCAGCCCGUCCCGACUUACCGCACGGCUCAGCUCCGCUGCCCUCGCUGGCGUACAUCGCCGCCCCACCGCCGGCGCUCUCCGGCCAGUUCGUCGUCGCCCCGCCGCCGGCGCCGACUCUGCCUGUCGACCCCUUGUUGUUGCGCGGGGCGUUCGACGCGCCCGUGUACGGGGCUCCCGCGUACUGGUGGCGGUCGUCAGCAGGCCAGCAGGUUUUUCCGGCGGGCCAUCCGGCCUACCCGACACCGCAGUCGCAGGCAGGGCUGCUUCCCAUAGCGUCUGGAGAAUACCCACCGCCGCUGCCGAGCGGUGGCUACGGCCUCCCCAUGGCGUCUCCGUCCCCGUCCCCCUCGCUGGCCCUGCCGCCGGCGCCCUGGGACCCGGUGCUCCUUCCGCACUGCAUGCCGCUCCUACGCCGAACAACUACACCGGAGGUACCCCCGGCUGUUCCCCCCGCCACUGGUGACGCGGGCUCCUCGACGCCUCUCCCAGGGUGCUCGCGCGCCUCUCUUGGCCCGCCCCUGGCUUUGAGGCGCGCCCCCGCAUGCGGCGCCUCCUACAGCCGCGGCGUUGGCCCCCCCGACGUUGGCGCCCGCGGCCCCCCGGCGCCCCCAGCACCCGCGCCCCCCUCGGCACCCCCGGCGCCCGCGGCCCCCUCGGCGCCCCCGGUGCCCCUGGCCCCCCCGGCGCCCGCGGUCCCCCCGGCGCCUAUGGCCGGUCCGGUCACCCGCGCCCGUACGGGCGUCUUUCGCCCGAGCUCGCGCUAUGCCUCGGAUGACUACGUCCAUGCGGAGUCCACCUCUGAGCCGUCGCGGUUACCGUCCUCCGUUCGAGCCGCUCUUCAUGACCCGCUCUGGAUGGCUGCGAUGCAAGAGGAGUUUGACGCCCUAUUGCGUAACCGGACGUGGCAGCUUGUUCCCGUCCCCGGCACGCCAACGUGA